AAUUUUUCUCGGAAAAAUAGAAAUAAAUUAAGCAAUAAGAAUAAGAGCAAAUCCCAAUAAUGAAGUUCAUAUCCAAAGUGCUUAUCGUCGCUUGCAUUGUGAUUGCUGUAUCAGAAAAUGCAGUAUCGAAUAGCUCUAAGAAAGCUUCCAAAAAAGGAUCUAGUAAAAAACGAAUCAUAAAUCCAUGCGUUUUUCCUAAAAACGAGGGCUUCGGGUUAGCCCUUCUGCCGAGAUUCUACUAUAACUUCUUUCAAAAGCGAUGUCUAAAGUUCUUUUAUCACGGAAAUGGAGGAAACCCAAAUCGAUUCCUGACUGAGGAUCAAUGCGAAAAAAUCUGUUUCCCUACUUGUCUUCAGAGACUAAAACCCGGGCCAUGUAUAGCAUACAUUCCAAGAUACUACCACAACAGAAUUACAAAGAAAUGUGUUAAGUUCAUCUGGGGAGGAUGUCUACCGAACAAAAAUAACUUCACAUCGCUUCAGAAGUGUAAGAAAAAGUGCGAAUAAAAUCUACCAAUAACUACUCCCAGUACAAGUGUGUACUUUUCAAA